AUGGCGUCACAGGGCAACGUUGAUGAUGAUAGUCACCUCUACAGCGAGGAAUGGUCACGUCGUCAUUCUUCUAAGGGGCAAACAACGUCCAUGGUUGGUGGUGUGAACACUGACAGUGGGGGUGUCGGUGAUAAGCUUCUUGCAGAGAAGUCCAUGUUCCAAGCUCGUGCCCAGGCUGAGAUGAAGCUGAAAGAAGUGGAGCUUGAUACCAAGAUUGCUAAGACAGCCGCGAAAGAGAAGGUGUACUCUGAGGCAGAUGCUGCAGGUCAAGGUCAAGGUCUAGAGACACAAAGACAGAUGUCCCAUGCUAUGUUUCUUCCCAAACCGGAAGUGCCCAAGUUCACAGGAGACCCGACAGAGUUUUCAGCCUUCUUCAUGGCGUUCGAUGCCAGGAUUGCUCCACAUACGUCAAGUGAGGCAGAUAGACUUUACUACCUCGAUCAACAACUUCAAGGUGAGCCCAAAGAUCUUAUAUCUGGUUGUCUUCAUAUGGAUCCUUUAGCAGGGUAUGCUGCUGCAAGAAACCUGCUUUGCAAAGAGUAUGGUGAUCCUUAUAGAAUCUCGACAGCUUAUAUGAACAAGAUUCGUACUUGGCCUAAUCUUAAGAAUGAGGACAACAAUGGAGGCGAUAGGGUUGUGCAAACGUACGCCAUGUUGGACAACGGCAGCACAGGAUGCUUUAUCACAGAAGGACUCAAGGAUGAACUUCAAGCAAAGUCAACACCAACGUUGCUGAGGUUGCAAACGAUGAACGGAACAGGCCUCAUCAACACAACAGUGGUAUCAGAUAUUGUGAUCUCCGACCUCUCUGAUAGACAGUUUGUUAGUUUGCCACGCACAUUUUGUAAAGAUGUAAUGCCUGUCGGUCACGACAAUAUUCCUAAAUCGGAUGCUUUGAUGCAACUACCAGGUCUCAAGAAUGUUGCUGAAAUGAUGCCGCUGUAUCGACCAGACCUGAAUAUUGGCCUUCUUAUCGGCAGUAACUGUUCAGAUGGUCUUCGACCUCUUGAAGUCACCCCAUCAUCUGGCAAUGGACCUUUUGCUGUGAAGUACAAACUUGGUUGGACAGUAAAUGGCCCUCUUCAGGUCAAGUGUAAUUUGGAAGACAAAUCAGUUGUCUGCAACAUGGUGGAUCUAAAGGAACAUGAGAAAGUAUCAGAAUGCAUCACCCCUGACACUGUGCUGAAGUUGUUUGAACUAGACUUUAACGAGGCUGAUGUUGGGAAAGUCCCUGGUGAACGAGGCUAUUCCAUUGAAGAUCAAAGAUUUAUAAAGGAGACCGAGGAAAAAUUGAGGGUUAUGCCAUUGAAGUUCCUGCAAACGAGAUUACUUGCCAACCUGGACGCGUCUGGUAUCUGCCACACCAUGGAGUGUAUCAUCCGAAAAAAGCUGAACAAGAUCAGAGUGGUCUUUGACUGUAGCGCCAAGUAUGGAGGUUUAUCAAUCAAUGAUGUUCUUCUACAAGGCCCCGAUCUUGCCAAUUCUCUCAUUGGUGUUUUAGCUCGUUUCAGAACAGACCAAGUUGCCUUCAUGGGAGAUGUAGAGGCCAUGUUUCAUCAAGUCAAGGUUCCACGGGAGCACCAGGACUAUCUACGGUUUCUGUGGUGGCCUGAUGGUAAUGUUCAUAGUGAGCUGAAGGAGUACCGCAUGACUGUGCACACUUUCGGAACUGUAUCCUCUCCCACUGUUGCCAAUUAUGCCCUGAAAAGCACAGGAGCCAAGUCCAGAUCUAACUAUGAUGACCAGGUUGCACAAACGAUAGAACGCAAUUUCUAUGUCGAUGACUGCUUGAAAUCUGUGGAGUCUGAUGAGUGUGCUAGUGACUUGAUAAAGAAUGUAAAGCUUGCAUGUGCGGAUGGUGGAUUCAACUUGACAAAGUUUACAAGCAGCAGCAAGAUGGUCCUGUCCUCCAUUCCUCAAGAACAUCGCUCCAAGGAGAUUCAAGCCGUUGACCUCAGUCGAGAUGAUAUUCCCAUGGAGAGAGCACUGGGGCUGCAGUGGGAUACCAAGCUGGAUUGCUUCAAGUACACGGUUGACUUGCCAGAGAAGCCGUUUACUAGACGAGGAAUUCUGUCCAUGGUGUCCUCCUUGUAUGACCCUCUAGGUCUCGUCGCACCGGUGCUGCUGCCUGCUAAAAGAAUCCUUCAAGACUUGUGUAAGGACAAGGAUCUAGGCUGGGAUGACAACAUCGGUAUGGAGUUCGCAGGCAGAUGGACAAAUUGGCUCCAGGAAGUCGAAAUGCUCAAAGGUCUAACUGUUAGAAGAUGUGUGAAGCCUCCUGAUUUUGGUGAUGUAUUGUCUCAACUGUUACAUAUCUUCUCUGAUGCUAGCUCCACAGGAUAUGGUUGCUCUGCAUACAUUAGGCUUUUUGACAUAAAUGGAAACAUCCACACAACACUUCUCCUGGGCAAAGCUCGACUGGCUCCUUUGAAGACCCUGACUAUUCCCAGAUUAGAACUGACAGCUGCUACUGUGUCUGUGAAAAUAGGACAAUUUCUCCUGCGGGAACUGGAUGUAAACAUUGACCGUGUCACCUACUACACAGAUUCAACAACUGUUCUGCAGUAUAUUCGCAGUGAAAAGAACAGAUUUCCAGUGUUCGUCGCCAACCGAGUGAAGCUUAUCAGGGACUUCAGUACACCAGAACAGUGGAAGUAUGUCGAUUCCAAAACAAACCCAGCUGACAUUGCAUCUCGAGGAUCUAGCUGCUCACAGUUCCUGAAAUCCAUUGAAUGGUUCAAUGGUCCAAAGUUCUUGAGAAUGCCUGAUUCAAAAUCAAUUUCGGAACCUCAGAAAACAAUUGAAGCUGCUGUGAUGUCAACGUUGAAUGAGACAGCGGAUUCCCCUGGAGAUGUUGUUAGUAAACUCCUCAAUUAUUACUCAUCCUGGUACAGACUGAAAAGAGCAGUCGCAAUCUAUCGCAGGUUCUUCAACUUUCUGAAAAGCAAGUCUCAAAAAGGAAAGCCCUCAGCUAACGCUCUUUUGUCACUUCAAGAACUCAUAGACUCCGAGAAGAGUAUUCUUUCCUUUGUUCAGCACAUGGAGUAUGGCUCAGAAAUCGCAAUCCUCUCUAAGAACACAGAAAUGGGUUAUCGACCCACUGUACUACCAAGAAGUAGUCCUGUCCGCAAUCUCUGCCCAUGCUUUGUGGAUGGUUUACUCAGAGUUGGAGGUCGUUUGAGCAAUGCCAACAUCAGCGACACCAUGAAGCAUCCUGUCCUAUUGCCACGUAAGUCUCCUCUAUCCGAUCUGAUUGUUCGUGAUGUACACGAGAGACUAGGUCAUGCUGGUAGAAACCAUGUCCUGUCUGCACUAAGAGAGGAAUUUUGGAUUACAAACGCUAAUUCUGCUGUCAGAAGUAUUUUGAACAAAUGUGUACUUUGUAGGAGAUUAAAGAUGUCCACCGGUCAGCAGAUUAUGUCCGAUCUCCCGACCAACAGGGUACAGCCAUCUCCACCAUUCACCUGCACUGGACUAGAUUGUUUUGGCCCUCACACUGUCAGAGAAGGACGCAAGGAAGUAAAACGGUAUGGUGUCCUGUUUACUUGCAUGGUUAGCAGAGCUGUUCACAUAGAGACUGCCAACUCCUUCAAUACAGACUCCUUUAUUAAUGCUCUUAAACGUUUUAUCGCCCGCAGAGGAGCUGUGAAAGAGAUCUCUUGUGACAACGGCACAAACUUCACUAGUGGAGCCAAGGAACUUUGUCAUGCACUUGAUGAAAUCGACCAGUCUGAAGUUCACAAUUACUUGUUGAAACUGAACAUCAUCUGGAAAUUCAACCCACCUUCAGCCAGUCAUAUGGGAGGUGUAUGGGAAAGGCUGAUACGGUCUGUCCGUGGUGUUCUCAGCCCGCUUCUCCAAGAAUACAGUCAACGCCUUGAUGAUGAGCUGUAUAGAACACUCCUGUGUGAAGUUGAGUCGAUUUUGAAUUCUAGGCCUCUGACAACAAUGUCCAGUGAUCCGUCAGAUGUAGAACCAUUGACACCCAACCAUUUGCUGAUGAAAUCUGAUCCUGAUCCUGAUCCUGAUUCCUGGGAAUUAUUCGGAUAUUACGAGGACUGA